AUGUAUGAGAUAGACGAUGAAGAUUUCAAUAAGGCGUACACAAAUUGCCUUGACUUGAAAACUUCUCAAGAAACUUCUCGUAAAUCUCGAAUUGAUACCAAACGUUGUUUUGGACAUUGCGAUAAGAUUGUGAGCAACAAGGAAAUUGAGUCGAUGCGUUCCCAUCCCCACAAGAGAUCGGAAUUCUGGAGGACUCUGGAGGAAAAAGGUUUGGUCGUACCGGCGGGAAAUUCCAAAUUGCCAAUGACCCCGCUGUACUUCCUACUAAUGCGACCUUCCACUCAAAAAAUAAGUAUGAAAAAACUCGAGGAUGAUGAUUUUCCGACAACCCAUUGGCUGGUCGUCACAGCUUGUAAUGCCAGUUUGGCCAACGAUGAAGCCGCGGCCACUAUGAUAUCAAAACACCCACCAAUGAAAGCAGUGAAGCUAGAAGAAUGUCUUCAAAAGCUUACGAACAAGGCGAAUGUUGAAAUGAAAGCUGUAGAUGAUGCGAAGACCAAUGUAACAGAAUUUGUGGUGUAUGCUCUGGUGGAAGAUAUACCGGAUUCCGCUCGUUGCUUUUUUUUUCAACGCCUGCCGAAAGAGUCGAUUCAGAAGAUUAUUGACAAGAAGCUUCAAAUAGUGAUAGCACGACCGACAAGUGAAACACUUGGAGAGAUGGCAAUAUGGUGA